CCGCCAUGUCGCGCUGGCCUCGUCUCGCCCGCGCCACCUCGAUCCCUCCCUAGCUCUGCUCCCCCACUCCCUGGCCGACACGCUACCGCGCCGUAUUUAAGGCCGCCGGGCUGGUGCCCGCCGCCCAUCACUCCGCUCCAUUACUCCAUCCGCAGUCGAGCGUCCCGAUCCGUUAAUGGCGUCUCCUGCGCCCGUCAAGAAGGUGCUGGUGCCGAUCGCCGCCGGCUCCGAGCCCGUGGAGGCGACCGUCCCCAUCGACGUCCUCCGCCGCGCGGGCGCCGACGUCACCGUCGCGGCCGCGGGCGGCGGCGGCCUGCUCGUCGACGCCAUGUACGGCGUCAAGAUCGUCGCGGACGCCAGCGUCGCCGACUGUGCCGACGCGUCCUACGACCUCGUCGCUCUCCCCGGAGGGAUCCCCGGCGCGGCCAACCUCGGCGGCUGCACCGCGCUGGAGAGCGUCCUGAGGAGGCACGCGCUCAAGGGGGACCUCUACGCCGCCAUCUGCGCGGCGCCGCCGCUCGCCUUGGCGCGCUGGGGCCUGCUCAACGGCGUCAAGGCAACUGCUCAUCCGGCGUUCGUCGACAAGUUCCCGGGCGAGGUGACCGCCGUGAACGCCAACGUGGUGGUCGACGGCAAGGUCGUCACAGCCCGUGGGCCGGCGAUGGCGAUGGAGUUCGCUCUCGCCUUGGUGGAACAGCUCUACGGGAAGGAGAAGGUUGACCAGAUUGCCAAACCAAUGCUUGUCAGAUAUGAACCUGGGUAUACCUUCAAGGAGCUCAACCCGAUCCGAUGGCAGUGCAGCGGCACGCCCAAGGUUCUGAUCCCUCUCGCCAACGCGAACGAGGAGGUGGAGGCGAUAACGAUCAUCGACGCGCUGCGGCGGGCCAACGCGGACGUCGUGGUGGCGUCGGCCGAGGAAGGCGUCGAGAUCGUCGCGCGCCACAACACGAGGAUCGUCACCGACGUGCUGCUCGACGCCGCCGCCGGCCAGCGGUUCGACCUGAUCAUCGUCCCGGGCGGCAUGCCCGGCGCGAAGACGCUCGCCGGCAAGGAGAAGCUCGUCGCCUUGCUGAAGAAGCAGGUGGAGGCGAACAGGCCGUACGCCGCCAUCGGCGCCGCGACGGCUCAGGUGCUCGAGCCGCACGGCCUCCUCAAGGGCAAGAAGGCGACGACGGGUACGUCCAUGGCGGGCCUGCUGGCGGACGCCAGCGAGUGCGAGAACAGAGUGCUCAUCGACGGGAACCUGAUCACGAGCAGGAGCCCCGGGACGGCCAUGGAGUUCGCGGUGGCCGUCGUGGAGAAGCUGAUGGGGCGCGAGGCGGCACGGGAGGUGGCGGAAGGCUUGCUCUUCGUCUGAGCCCGGAGCGAGGCGGAAGCGGGGGCUCGGCGCCCUGACAGGACGGCUGGCUGGAAGCUCUGCGCCUGUGCCCGUGUGAACGAACUACAUCUAAUUCCAUCCAUAAAACGAAUUUUGCCGCGAGCACGCUACGCGUCGAAACUGCCCCUGAAUUCCUCGACGAACAAACCAACCUGCCGUUGGGCACUUGAAUGGAGUAGUACAACACAUUGCUUAUGGCGAAAAUGAUGGUUCAAACAAAGACUUUCGACAUCAUUUUCAACCAGAAACCUGUGAAAAGAAUUUAAUGGCCACAUCAUUUUCAAACGGAAA